ACCAAAAGACCAAAUUUUCAGAAUGCAGGAUUGUUGGGAUCUUUUCGGAAGAUUGUACAGACAGAAGGUUUAUUAGGAUUCUACAGAGGAAAUGGUGCCAGUGUUGCUCGGAUUGUACCUUAUGCAGCUUUGCAUUAUAUGGCUUAUGAGCAAUAUCGUCGAUGGAUUAUACUUGGUUUUCCUGAUGUUGGAAGAGGGCCUGUUCUUGAUCUUGUAUCAGGGUCACUUGCUGGAGGAACUGCAGUUGUUUGCACUUAUCCUCUCGAUUUGGUUCGCACCAAAUUGGCUUAUCAGUUCUUACCAAUACAAAAUAAUCUACCAUCUCUUGGAAGUAAUUCUAGAUCCCUGGAUCUUCUACUGAUAAAUAAUAACCACCUCACAUACUUCUGUCUGAUUUUCAAUGUUGUGUUGUGGACAUGUUCUCAUCUGGAAUUAGUUUAUCUAGAACUUGAUUUGCAGGUUGUUGGACCAUCAAGGGGCAAGUUCAGAGGACUAUCUCAGUCCGAAGUCGGAACAGGUUUUGGAGGAAUUCUUGAUGGCAUUUUCAAAACCUGCAGACAAAAUGGAUUGAGAGGCCUUUACCGGGGUGUAGCCGACCCCAACUUGUUUGGGAUUAAGGCUUAG